AUGACCAGCAAUGCUGAUCAGCAGCAGCAGAUUCAGCUUCGUGAACUGCCGCCGUACGUCUGCUUCGCCUACCUCAGCCACGGCUGUUGCAAUGCCGCCGUCUCCAGCGGCAAUAGUGGUGGUGAUAUCUCAAUCUCUGCGAGCACCAACAACAGCAACGCGCUGCCACGCUGCUCCGAGGGCUUCCACCCCUCGAUGGAGGACCUGGUCGACCUGGAGCAGCUCCACCAGAAGAUGGCCUUUCACAUUCUCUCCGGCGACGCGAAGGUGGCGAAGCAGGUGCAGCAGCAGCAGCAGAAACAGCUGUUGAUAGGCAAGGCUCAUUCCGGUAUCACGAUCAAUGCGGCGUCCCCACGAUCUCCGGCGGCUGGGGGCACGGACGAGGAACAGCACAAGGCCGAAGAAUCCACCGAGGCCAAGCGCCUAAAGAAAGAGGAGGCUGAAAAGCUUAGCGAAAAUACGCUUCACGCCGACGACCAGUGCUGCGUCUGCUUGGAGUCGGUGAGCGGCGGCGGUGGCGGCUCAGACGGCUCCUCCGGUGACCGCCUCUUCGGCCUCACCGAGGGCUGCGCCCACGUCUUCUGCUCCGACUGUCUGCUGACCUGGUGCGAGGGCCGCGUCGCCGUCGCCAAUCGCAACACCCACAAGUGUCCCACCUGUCGCGUGGAGACCGGGAAGGUCCUCGUCGCCCAGCGCCUGCCCGCCUCCGAGGCGGAGAAGGCGAAGCUCUUUGCGCAGCAGUACAAGGUGGCGCGCGUCCUUGAGAAUGCCGAAGACGAUGAAGAUGAGGAUGAGGGUGAAGGUGAGGGUGAAGGUGACAAUGUCGAUGGGGAAGACAACAAUGCUGUCAACAAUGGUGAUGAUAGGCACGUUUUCAACUUUGACAACCCAUCGUUGAGACGUGUCCUUACCUUAGAGGACAUCGAGGAAGAUGACGGGGAUGGUGACGGGGAGGAGGAGGAAGAGGAGCAGGAGCAGGCUGUACAUUUGCCGGUGAUCAAUGGAACGGUGUACAUCGAUCCCUCCACUCUUCUCCGCUUCAACGGCCGCCCCCGACAACUCCAAAAUCGUCGCCCGGUUGCUGCUGGUGGUGACGCUGCUGCUAUUGCUGGUGGUGGUGAUGGUGGUGGUGGUGGUGGUGAAAGAAUUGGCGAAGGAGGUGAUGGAGGUGCUGAAGAUGGUGCUGGCUCGGCCGCCAGCUCCACCGACGCCACGCACGGAAGCUCUUCGCAGGGCGACGAGGAUGAGGAUGAGGAUGAGGAUGAGGAUGGGGAAGAGGAAAACCGUUUCGAUGAGAUGGACAUCAGCCCGGAGAUUGAUUGA